UGCUUCUUCUUUCUUAGGAAGAAGAAACUGAAUCCUUGAGUAAUGACUGCGGUAUUAUAAUACCAAGUGUGCCAAAAUGUGACAAAUAUACAUAUUUUAGAGAUGGAAAACGAAAAAUAGAUUAUGUGCUCGUGUACGAAGAAUCCACCGAUGACAAGCCUUUACCAAAAGGUUUUGCGCAGAAAACGCAUAAGCAUGAAGCAUGGAGGAAAAAAUUUAUGGCAAAUUUAGUGAAAGCAGGACUUCACAUGGAAGAAGAAACUGUGGAAAGUGAAAGCAGCGUAAUUCACUUCAUUAAAUUGUCAGCACCAUGGCCAGUUCUGGUUCUCUACGCUGAACAACUGUGCAUGCGUGCACCCCUUCAAGCACAUCCGAAUCCUAGUCACAACUGGUCCGAACAUAUUCUUCGAUUUCUUUACAUUCCAAAUAUAAUGAAAGAAGACGUUCCUAACAAACCAUUAGAUUACUACACGUGCGCCUUCAAGAAAUCAAAACUUGACAAAUUUUUAGGUAGUGAUAACCAAGAUGACUAUUUUAGUCGUACACAGAGAAUUCGUAUUGUUUAUGCCAUUUUACAAACAGCUGUCUACGGGAAAAGAAGAAGAGCACAAAUAGGAAUAGACAGGCUAACAGAAGAAGGAGCAUACGCUGCAGCCUUUCCACUUCAUGACGGCCCCUAUCAUCUUCCUGAUCGGCCUGUUGCACCAGAAAAUCUGAAUAAGCGCCAAAUCCUUUACAAUUACUGGGCAAGAUGGGGAAAGUGGUACAAAUACCAACCACUGGACCACAUUAGAGAAUAUUUUGGUGAAAAAAUAGGAAUAUAUUUUGCUUGGUUGGGUUUCUACACUGGAUGGCUUUUUCCUGCUGCUGUCGUGGGGUUUGCUGUUUUCCUCUACGGCGUACUGACGAUGCAUAAUGACACACCAUCGAAUGAAGUAUGUGACAGCAAGAAUACAUUCUUGAUGUGCCCAAGAUGCGAAGAGAGCUAUGGCUGUGCUUACUGGUAUCUCAGUGAUAUAUGCAUGUUUAGUAAACUCUCAUACCUGUUCGAUCAUCCCGGAACCGUUUUCUACGCCGUCUUUGUCUCUUUCUGGGCUGUUUCUUUUUUGGAAUAUUGGAAGAGGAAAAGCGCCAGUCUUGCACACCAUUGGGAUUGCAUGGAUUUUGAAGAAGAAGAGGAGAGGCCUCGUCCAGAAUUUGCAGCUAAGGCUCCCUGUGUUGAACGAAAUCCAAUUACAGGAAUUAAAGAGCCAUCUUUUCCCACAUCUAUCAGGUACAAGAGAAUAGCAAUUGGAUCAGGUGCUAUACUCGUGAUGAUGGCCUUAGUUAUGAUAUUCAUCGUUGCUGUUAUCAUUUAUCGCAUUUUGGUGUCUAUAUUUCUAUUUAGAACGGACACUUUUAGGGGAGCAGCAUCACUGAUAGCGAGUUCCACCGGAGCUGUUGUCAAUCUACUUCUGAUUAUGGCUCUUGGGAGAGUCUACGAAAAAUUAGCUCUGACGUUGACUCAGUGGGAAAUGCACAGAACUCAAACUGAUUUUGAUGACAACUUGACAUUCAAAGUAUUCAUCUUUCAGUUUAUCAACUUCUACUCUUCAAUAUUUUACAUUGCAUUUUUUAAGGGAAGAUUUGUUGGAUAUCCUGGAAAUUAUAAGAAGAUGUUAGGACUUAGGAGUGAGGAGUGUGGUAACAGCGGCUGUUUAAUGGAACUGGCUCAGCAGUUGGCGAUCAUCAUGAUUGGAAAACAAGUAAUAAACAAUGCUCAAGAAAUUUUGCUACCAAAAAUGAAAGCAUGGUUCCAUAGAAAAAGGACAAAGCUGGGUUCAGCCAUAAAGCUAGCAAGAUGGGAAGAAGAUUAUCAGCUGAUUGAAAAUGAAGGGCUGUUCCAAGAAUAUCUAGAAAUGGUUCUUCAAUUUGGUUUCAUCACCAUAUUUGUGGCAGCAUUUCCUAUAGCUCCUCUUUUCGCCUUAUUGAAUAACUGGGUAGAGAUUCGACUGGAUGCGCAGAAAUUUGUAUGCGAGACCCGUAGAGUGGUUGCUGAACGAGCACAAAACAUUGGAAUUUGGUUCAGCAUUCUAGAGCUUUUAGCUCACCUAGCUGUUAUAAGUAAUGCAUUUCUCAUAGCAUUUACUUCAGAGUUUCUUCCGAAGUUAUUAUACGAGUAUGAAUAUAGCUGGGAUCUUAAAGGAUAUGUCAACUUUACUUUAGCCUGGGCUCCAAAUGGCACACUAACUCAAGCAUGCAGAUAUUCAGAUUUUAGAGAUGAAAACGGAAAUUUAACAACAUUUUACUGGAGAUUAUUAGCCCUACGUUUUGGCUUCGUGAUACUUUUUGAGCACAUCGUUUUUACAGUGUGCCGUUUAAUCGACAUGUUAGUGCCAGAUAUUCCAGAGGCCCUUGAACUGAAGAUCAAGCGAGAAAGAUAUCUCGCAAAACAAGCUUUAGCCGAUUCCGAUACCAUCAUGAAAGUUGCUCAGAGACGAGACGACGAAGACGAGGAAGAUGACGAGGAAGCUUUGAGACAGGGCACCGCAUCAUUUGGCCAAAAUGAUCAGUCCAGUUUUCAAACUUGAUAGCCUACCUAUAAGACAUUCCUUGAACGUGGAAUCUUUUGUCUGAAGAGAAGAUGGCGAGGAAAUCUCACCUAUUUAUCCUCACAAAAUGAUAGUAGAAGAAGAUUGGCGAUGAAAUACUUCACGUCUGUGAGUCUUGACAAAACAGAUUUUCUCUGGUUCUAUUAACCCCUGUGAUACCGCUGCUGACCUUUGUGUUCCAGUUUCUCAAAUUAUCCUGUGAUGCCACUCAUCUUGAAAUAGUAAAGCAAUUCCUGCUUUUGAUUCGUGUGUGUGUUUAUGACUGUUGUUUGAAAUACUUCUGCAAUUUAAUAUGAGCUAACUUCGAGUUGGGAUAUUUUUAUGAGAAUAUCCAACUUAAAUUUUCCUUCGCGUCUUUCAAAAUGCUUAUUCAAAGUAUAACUGUUUAAUCUUUAUUUUUCUCUGGUGUAAAAUAUGUGCUUUAAGCGUUCAACUUUGUCGUUUAGCUUCAUCUGUUUGCAUUAUUUUCCAAACUGUUGAUUUGGCGUUUAUUCAAAUACCUUCAACUUCCUAGAAACACAAACGUAAUUACACUUAUUGAAAUGUCAGGUGUUAUUUAAUUAAAUCAGGCAAUAAAAAUUAAAACAAGCAAUAAAAAUUAAAUAAUUUCUUUAAAUUUAAUUAAGCUAGAGACCAACAAUAUCCAACAAAAACUGCACAACUUGAAAAAUUAAUUAUUAAGAAGAGGUAUGGUAUGAGAGAAAGACCCUUAAAUUUUCACUUAAAAUUUAUGACAUCAAUACUUUUCGACGCAGUUCUGUUUGCCUAUUUUUAUUCGUUUACAAUACUCUAAACAGAACUUUAUUGAAUAAUUUUAAUCAUUGUCAGAUGAUAUGAUCGGUACACUCACUAAAACUCACUUUUGGUUUAAAAGUGCUCCUCACAGACGACAAGUAUAGAAUUUCGAUUGGAAUCAACUUUGAACUUCCUGCCUCCU